UAAUUUAGGAUGAAUUUAACGAUUACUUUGAACUUCCAUCAAGAAACAAUUGUUGAUUUCAUGUUUCUUCGCAAAACCAGGUUUGCCAUAUUCGCAUUUUAUUGAAAAAAUGUAUUAAAAAUUAGUACUAGAUUACUUUAGAGCUGCAUACUAGCACAAGUAAAUUUAUCGCAGGAAAGUUUCUUGACCGUUUCUUAAGCGUUUUUUUUAUAUGAAGUUUUUACAUUUCUUGAGAGCUGGAUGCUAAGCUUAACGUAGAAAAUAUAAGACCCACAAUGCUAUGCAUAUGUCUGUAGAGUUUGGUUUUCAACUCGUUCGUAUAAGGGAUUAACAUUCUAUCCCGCAUAUGCGGGGGCGCAAAAAUUUAUGUUAGCAUUUAUUUCUUUACAUUAAAAUUUAACUAUUACUAGUAAUAUUUUGCUUUUCGGUUUUAUAGGAUUCUAAAAUUGAUACUUAUCAAAAAAUGUGGCAGUAUAUGGAAACACGACAUUCUGCGGUGUUUGUAAAAACUUAUGAGGAAGGAAUUAAGCGUGUCAUAGAAGGAAAUUAUGCCUUUCUUAUGGAAUCAACAAUGCUGGAUUACGCAGUACAGCGAGACUGUAACUUAACACAAAUUGGCGGGCUUCUCGAUUCAAAAGGUUAUGGAAUUGCUACGCCAAAAGGUUCUCUAUGGCGCGAUCCUAUGUCAUUAGCAAUCUUGGAAUUACAAGAAAAAGGGAUCAUACAAAUAUUAUAUGAUAAAUGGUGGAAAAAUACUGGUGACGUUUGCAAUCGGGAUGAAAAAAGUAAGGAAUCGAAAGCAAAUGCAUUGGGAGUAGAAAACAUAGGAGGUGUUUUCGUAGUCUUACUAUGUGGUUUAGCUUUAGCAGUUGUUGUUGCCAUUUUAGAGUUUUGUUGGAAUUCUAAAAAUACGUUACAACUGACCGAAACGCAAACUUUGUGUUCUGAAAUGACCGAAGAGUUGAGGUAUGCUACACAUUGCCACGAGUCAAAGCAACGUCAAUCCUUAAAGCGCAACUCUGUCAAAUUCCCACCGGACUCCACCUAUGUGCCAGCUGAUUCGGGAAGUGGUAUACUAAAUUCUAGUGGUGUACAUUAUAAUUAUUUUGAUUAGAUAUUUAGGAAAAAACUAAUCUUUUAAAAUAAAAUCUUCUUAUGUUAAGUAUAAAUAUAAUUUGAAAAGUA